GACAUCACGAGGCAGCUGGCUCUCCGCUCAGUCAGCUCUCGGUACCGGCCAUGGGGAAGGUGCAGCUCUUCGAAAUCAGCCUGCGGGACAGCCGGGUGGUGUACAGCCCUGGGGAGGCGCUGUGCGGGACGGUCACCAUCAGGACCAGCGCUGUGCUGCACUAUAAAGCCAUCAAAGUCAACUGUGUUGGGUCAUGCGGUGUGUCAAACAAAGUCAACGAGACCUCAUGGAACAUAGAGGAGCAGUACUUCAGUGGAACAUUCUCAUUAGCAGACAAAGGUAAACUUCAACCAGGAGAACACACCUUCCCCUUCCAGUUUCUCUUACCAGCUUCAGCACCAACAUCCUUCGAAGGGCCGUUUGGUAAGGUGAUGCAUCAGGUGAAGGGAGUUAUUGAAACGCGGAAGCUGUCCAAAGAUUACAAGACCAGUAAACUCUUCUAUAUCCUGCGUCCCCUGGACCUGAACGAAAUUCCAGAUAUAGAUCAACUCAGUUGCGCUACUUCCACUAAGAAGUUUAACUACAAGCUAGUGAAAUCAGGCCAGCUGCUGCUCAGUGUGACCUCUGACCUGCGGGGCUAUAUAGUGGGCCAAGUUAUCAAAAUCCACACAGAGGUAGAAAAUAAAUCCGGUCGGGACACGGGGGCCAUCGUGGCAGCUCUUAUCCAGAAAGUUGCCUACAGAUCAAAGCGCUGCGUUUAUGACCUGCGGACAAUUGCAGAGGUUGAAGGGGCUCCAGUGAAGGCUUGGAAACACGCAGUAUGGGACGAGCAGAUCUUGGUUCCGGCUCUGCCGCAGUCCAUCCUACAGGGAUGCAGCCUCAUCCAGAUGGACUACUACCUCCAGGUGACCGUAAAAAGUCCAGAAGUGUCGGUAACAUUGCCUAUCUACAUCGGAAAUAUACCAGUCAGUCAAGCCCGCUUAGGACUGAGACAUUCUAUAUCACAGGUGCAAGCUCCUGUCGUCCCCUCAGCGCCCCCUGCUGAUGAUGACCAGUGUGGCAGCACCCAGCCAAUGGACAAUGUGUCUAUCCCCACCAAGUGCCACUCCCAGCAGCAAGCAAAUACCCCAUUCAGCUAUGCACCCGAGCUGAACUUUCCAAACCAACAGAUGGAAAAUCUGGGCUCACCCUCGCACCCGACUCUCUGCUUAUCCACGGGGUCCACAGUCCCUUAUUAUGCUGAGGGAGCAGUUGUUCCAGUGCCGACAGCCAGCACACUUAUCCUACCCCCUGAGUACAGCACAUGGGGUUAUCCUUAUGAUGCUCCGCCAUCCUAUGAACAGAGCUGCAGCGAGGCCGGAGUCAGUAACGAGAACUGAAAAGCACACUUUUUUUAGCUCCAGAUAAAAUACACUCCAGCUCCACUCAGAGGAUGAUUCAGCGGACACUUCCUGACACUGGUUUUUAUUCCGGGGACAAUGCCUCAUCGUGCAAUCUUAGUUUUAUUGAAAUAUCUCCAAGGAUAAACUGUGCUGACGCUGGACGUUACAAUCUGUGAUGCCUUAUGAAAAAGGAACAUUU